AUGGAGAGUAAAACUCCGGGCACAGUUCUGGAUCAAGCUGUGUCCCGUUCUGUGCCGGCUCAGGCACAAGAUGAGAUGGGCACGGUUUGGGACACAACAGUGUCCCACACUGAGGACAGAGAUAUACGUGUGGCUGACGUGUCGUUCACAGCAUUCACAGGCAAGGCUGAAGACAACAUCCUACAUCGCACCAGCUUAGCGAGAGACUGCAUGAUCCAACUGAACUUCAGGCGGAUAGUUGUGAUGGCAUUCUCCGCAGUCAGGGAGACGGUGGCAGAUGACACGCCUAGCACGAAAAACACGCAAAGGAACGCCCCGACAUCUCAUGAGAACGGCAACAACGUUGGCCAGCAGAAGACAACUUAUGAAUCGCUGUCUCGUAAGCCCGAGAAGCCAGACAAUGUGGACGGCCAGCCAAGUCACACCGACCCGACUACAUCGGCCGUAAGCACGCGCCCCGAAAAUUACUUUUCCGACUGUUCUGAGAUCCACACAGCCAAAACUGGGUACGGUGGUGUAUCUGAUGGAGUUAACAAAAUACUACCUGUAGGUCUGUCCAGCCCGAUCUCUGUAUACUGUGAUCAGACCACAGAUGGGGGAGGGUGGACGGUCAUACAGAGGAGGUUUGACGGGUCUGUCGACUUUAACCGACCUUAUGACGCCUUUAAGUACGGGUUUGGGUCACCCAACGGGGAGCACUGGCUGGGUUUGGAGAACAUAUACCGUUUGACCGAUCAGCACACGUAUACGUUGUAUGUACAGUUAGAAGAUUGGGAUAAUGUUGUCAAGUACGCCAGGUAUUCGUCAUUCUCGGUGGGAAGUAGUAGUUCCAACUAUCACCUCUCUGUUAGUGGAUACAGUGGGACCGCAGGGGAUGGGUUCGGCUCAUCGUCCUCAAUAUCUGAUUACCACCUCUCGGGUCAGCCCUUCAGUGCUAGGGAUGUAGACUGUGAUACCAAUCCCGAGUCCUGUGCUGUAAGCAAUGCCUAUACGGGAGGGUGGUGGUACAAGUCCUGUGGUUUGUCUGCCCUGAACGGCCCGUACCUCUGUCCCUCUGACUUUACCGGUCACAGUGGCUAUGGUAUCUAUUGGGCCCCGUUUGGAGGCUCUUAUACGAACUAUCUGAAAAAGUCCAAAAUGAUGGUCCGUCCUGCCAACUUCAAAACGUAA